AUGGAGCUUUGGAAUUCUACCCUGGGAAGUGGCUUCAUCUUGGUUGGGAUUCUGGAUGACAGUGGCUCCCCUGAACUGCUCUGUGCCACAUUCACAGCCCUGUACAUGUUGGCUAUGAUCAGCAAUGGCCUACUCCUCCUGGUCAUCACCAUGGAUCCCCGGCUCCAUGUGCCCAUGUAUCUUCUGCUCUGGCAGCUCUCUCUUAUGGAUCUCCUCCUCACAUCAGUUAUCACUCCCAAGGCAGUUAUUGAUUUCCUGCUUAAAGACAACACCAUCUCAUUUGGAGGCUGUGCCCUUCAGAUGUUCCUGGAACUGACACUGGGUGGUGCAGAAGACCUUCUUCUGGCCUUCAUGGCCUAUGAUAGGUAUGUGGCCAUUUGUCACCCUCUGAACUACAUGAUCUUCAUGAAGCCUAGGAUCUGCUGGCUUGGGGUGUUCAUAUCAUGGGCCUUGGCAUCUCUGAGUGCAGUAGGAUAUACCAUCUACACCAUGCAAUACCCUUUCUGCAAAUCGAGGAAGAUCAAACACCUGUUCUGUGAGAUCCCUCCAUUGCUGAAGCUGGCCUGUGCAGACACCUCCACAUAUGAGCUCAUGGUUUAUGUGAUGGGUGUGAUCUUCCUACUUCUCCCUCUUGCUGCCAUUCUUUCUUCUUAUACACUAAUUCUUCUCACUGUGCUCCACAUGAAUUCACAUGAAGGCAGAAAGAAAGCUCUUGUCACUUGCUCCUCACACCUAACUGUGGUUGGAAUGUGGUAUGGGGGAGUUUUCAUGUAUGUCCUACCCAGUUCCUUUCACACCCCUAAACAAGACAAUAUCUUCUCUGUUUUCUAUACAAUUGUCACCCCAGCUCUGAAUCCCCUCAUCUACAGCCUGAGGAAUAGGGAGGUGACUGGGGCUUUGAAGAGAGUCCUGGGAGGAUGCCUAUUGCCAGAACACUGUACAUUCUAA